AUGGGUGGGAUAGGCGCGGUUGCUGAGCCCCUCGUGGUCAUUGCUCUACUUGUUGGCGGCACUUGGAUCAAUCGAGAUUUCGAGCCUGGGAGAAGGAGACGACCGAACGAUACGCGAAGAAUUUCAAACGAUGCAACGUACAGAGAUAUCGAGGAAGAUGGAGAAGCGAGGUCGACUUCGCCAUCCUUGCUGGUUACACAAGAGCCGGAAUGGAGAACGAGAACGCUUGGUGCGUGGGGUAUAAAGAAAGAGGUCACUACACCGAAUACUAGGAGGUUCAGAGGUUACUUUCUGAGUCGCCUGCUCGAAAAGUUUCCAUUCUUGGUCGAAUGCUGGUACUGGGCUUUGAUAUACUGGGUCUACCAACUCGGUCGCGCCGCAACAGCUGUCUGGAUCGUCGAAGGCACUGUAUUCGCCGCACGAAAACAUGCUCUACAAGUAAUCGCCAUGGAGGAGAAACUGCACAUGUUCUUCGAACUUCCUAUCCAACGUUUCUUCAUGCAGAACCAAUUCAUCAUGACUUGGAUCAACCGCACAUACUCCUUCAUCCACAUCCCCGGCUCGAUCGCAUUUCUCAUUUGGCUCUUCUACUAUACCAAUACACGGAAUAGACUUGAUGAAAGUCAGCGCGGCAAAGACAUAGGAGAGGUGAAAGGUUCGCCAGCUGGUCCAAGAUUGUACGAGUCGAGGAGGAGAACUAUGGCUUUCUGCAACUUACUUGCUUUUGUCAUCUUUACCGCGUGGCCUUGCAUGCCUCCCCGCCUUUUAAGCGCAGACAACACCCAAGACGAAGCUGGCAAACUCGCUCGAAGCUAUGGAUUUGUAGACACUGUCCACGGUCCCGGAGGCGAAGGUUCAAUAUGGACCGACAACCGCUUCACCAAUAAAUUCGCCGCCAUGCCAUCCCUCCACUUCGGAUACUCCCUCCUGAUCGGCCUAACAAUCGCCACCAUCCCAUUAAAUCCCUCACAUGAAUCCUCCAGCUCAUUCAUCCUCCCAUUUUUCAACCGCUCUCACCCCUCUCUGGCACCCAAAAUCACGCUUCCCUCCUGGCCACGCAUGCUCUGCAUCGGCGUUGGGACUUUCUAUCCAAGUCUGAUCUUGCUGGCUAUCAUUGCUACGGCGAAUCAUUUUAUUCUUGACGCUGUAGCGGGGAGCUUGGUUUGUGGGGUUGCGUGGUGGGGAAAUGAUGUUCUGUUGAAUCUGUUGGUGGUGGAGGAUUGGUUUUUGUGGGUCGUUAGGAUUCAUAAACCGGAGAGGGUGGUGGUGGACGUUGAUGAGGAUGAUUUUAUGGGGAAGGGGGUUUUGAGGAGGUGA